UCUCUAGGCAGCCAGCGAAGGAUGCUGUACCUAACCUUGAAAGGAAGAAAUCAAUGUCCAUCCGGCGCGAAAUGAGCUAGGGCAAGCAUAAAAACAGAAGUCCUUGACUUUCCUAUGACGGCUACUUUGGCAGAGUGUGGCCGAAGGAUCAAGACGGUGUGCGCUCUGCUCUGCCAUCCGAGAUUCGGCAAGCUCCUUCCUCCUUCCUCUUCCGACAUUCUUCGGCCCAUGUGGAAGCGCUCGGAAUGACCUUUCGGGCUCACUGUUCCACAUUUCCCUGUGCAUUGACACUCUCUCCCUCUCCCUCUGACCCCGAGGGCCUGAGGACGAAGAUUGGCAUUUUUGCCCUCCACCCUCACGAUCCCCAUCCCAGUACAUCCCUAUCUGCAGAUCUUCGGCCGCCUUGCCCUGAGGUACCACACCUCGCCACCUCCCCUCCAAUGAACAUGUCCGCAGAUCGGCACGUUUACGGAGUAGUAUUGAUUGCAAUGCAAGACAUACCUACCUCAAUGCAUAUGCAUGCAAUCCUCCAAUCAACCCUCUUUUCCUCAUCCCACCAAUGCUGCCACCUUUGCACUCCACCUCGCUCGAACCGGGCGGGCGAGUUGCCUAAACUCGGGAGAUCGACUGGGGUGUUUCGCGGGAUGCAUCCGCUGCGGCGUUCUGCUGCACGUGCAAGAGGGCCCAAAAGUAGCAGAAGAUGGGAGCAAAGCUGCCUUCCCAUCCUGGCGCGGCGGCAGGAUAAUUCAAUCAAUCUAUUCGCAGAAAGCAGAUCUAAAUUUGGAGCGAACCAUUCGCUAAAGUUAAUGAACGGCAAGGGGCGGGCGUUGCUGGUGGUGUGCAACUCAUCUGGAAGAAUACAAGACAGAGAUCGACAUGCUCCUCUCAUUCAAGAUCCUGAUCCGCGUCAGAUCAUCCAGACGUCAGUGCUGACAGCGGUUGGAUAAAGUUAAAUGUACUACUGUACUACUGUCCGCGUGCAGUAUUUGUCGAGGAGGAGCCGUAGCCGCCGAAAACAUGCCAGUGACCGAGUACCGCCUCA